UCAAGAUUUUGAAAGAGUCAGACGAUUCGUCGUUUCUGAAGAAAUAUAAAAAAAAGAGUUAAUUAAAUUGAAAUCACACCAAAAUAAAAACAAACACAACGCAGCGAAAGUUUAUUAUUGUUCUAAAAAUAUUGUGAAAUUUUAAAUAUCUUAAAAAACAAACUUACAAACAAACUUUAUAAAAAGGUACUUAUCGAACAAAAAAAAACAAAUUAAUUGGGUUUUAAAUCAGGAAAACAAAAAACAGAAAAACAACAAAAACCCACAAUGUCUGUCAAUAGCUACCUACCUACCAUACCUACCUAAGUGUUGAAAAAUUAUCUAAAUUUGUCCUUCCAUCGUUUCCUCACUUCACACACCAAAAAAAAAAGAACAAAAAUUACUCUUUUUAAGAAAGAGAGUUUUUGAAAGAAAAAAAACCAAUUGAAAAUAAAUAAGGAUAAAUCUUCUCUUCUCUUUAACUGCACCAAAUAAAACCAAAUACCUACACAAAAAUGUCCUGGCAAGGAGGUGCUCCGCCAUAUUAUCAAGAUCCAAACAACCAACAGUAUUAUGGAGGCGGUCAGGGUGGAUAUCCACCCCAAGGAGGAUAUCCACCACAGGGUGGUUAUCCACCACAAGGCGGAUAUCCUCCACAGGGGGGAUAUCCACCACAGGGAGGAUAUCCACCACAAGGUGGAUAUUAUCCGCCACCCCCAGCGGGUGGUUAUGCACCACAACCCGGUUUUAUUCAACCACCUCCUGCAGGUGGUGGCUAUGGCGGCUUUGGAGGCGAUCCCGAACAAGAUGUCAAGAAUUUCUCAUUCGAUGAUCAGAGUAUUCGAAAGGGAUUCAUACGUAAGGUGUACCUUAUAUUGAUGGGACAACUUGUUGUUACAUUUGGAUUUGUUGCAUUGUUUGUGUACCACGAACCAACUAAACAAUGGGCAUACAGGAACAGUUGGUUAUUUUGGGUUGCUUUGGCUAUGCUCUUUAUUACAAUGAUUUGUAUGGCUUGUUGUGAGGGAGUACGACGACAAACACCAACGAACUUUAUUUUCCUGGGAUUAUUCACGUUAGCUGAGUCAUUCCUUAUGGGAGUUACAUCUGGUCGAUACAAGUCCGAUGGGGUCAUGAUAGCGAUUGGAAUUACGGCAGCUGUUUGCUUAGCAUUAUCUAUUUUUGCAUUGCAAACAAAAUAUGAUUUCACGAUGUGCGGUGGUGUUCUUCUCGUUGCCAUGGUAAUCUUCUUGAUCUUCGGAAUUGUUGCUAUAUUCUUCCCAGGCAAAGUUAUGACAAUGGUCUACUCUUCAUGUGGUGCGCUUCUCUUUUCGGUUUAUCUCAUUUACGAUACUCAACUGAUGAUGGGUGGCGAUCAUAAAUAUUCCAUCAGUCCGGAAGAAUAUAUCUUUGCAGCUCUUAAUCUUUAUUUGGACAUCAUAAAUAUCUUCAUGUACAUUUUGGCCAUUGUCGGCUCUCGGGAUUAAUCAUCGAAUAAUGUAUUAUAGGAAAAAAAAAAAACAUUGAAGAAAACAAAAAUAUGCAAACGAAUUCCUUUUAUUUUUUUUAUUAAUUAAUAAUAAUUUAUUGUUUUAGCUUUUUUUUUUUUGUUAAUAGAUUUUUUUUGUUUGUUAAACAAUUUUUUUUGAACUGAUUUUCAUAUAUAUUUAAUAAUAUUAAUCUACAAUAAAGUUUUGGAAGGUUUUUGAAUUUGUGUAAGAAGAAAAGAAUGUAAUAUUUUAUUUUUGUUUCGUUUUGUAUUUUUACUUAAACGUGUAAGAAUAAAGUUUAUAUAACAUAAAGAAAAUAUAUUGAUAAAUGUAUAUGUAUUUAUAUUUAACAUUACUUUAAUAAUAAAACAAAAAUUCAUAUGAAAUACAAUUUUUUUCGCCCCAAUUACUAAAAAAUAUUCUAUACCUAAUUGUUUAGUUCCUCUAUUUAAAAAAAAAAACUAUGAAUAAAAGAGUGUUCUACAUAUUCCAUCUCCUAUCCCAUAAUAUUAUUAAAUAUUAUAUUACAUUUAUGUCUGUUAAUAAAGCAAUUAUAUAGAGGUGAGGUAUAUCAAAAACAAAAAUUAGUUUAUAGGCACGAUAAUAAUAAUAAUUUGUUUAAAAUGCUAACAACCAAAAGAGGAAACACACAAUAAUAAGUAACAUUGAAAAGAAAGAAACAAUAAUGUAUUUUAUGAUAACCUGAAUCUUAAAUACGAAUUAAAAUUCUUUGGAAAUUCAAUAAUCCAAAUUAAGUGAGACUUAUAUGUUUAAAAAAAAAUAAUAAUAAAUACCAAAUGAAUUUGAAAAAAGGCAAAAAGAAAUAAUUAAAUUGAGUUCAUGUGGAGCAGAGGAGUUUUACUGAUAGCAAUUAGUAACUUUCUCUACUUCUCAUGAUCUUAAAAUAAUUUAUUUACUCGUAUUAUUAUAACAAUAAAUUGAUACAGAAUAAUUUUUGAAUAGAAAUUUAUAUAAAUAUUUUAUUUUAUUGUGUAUGUAUAUUGUAAUGUCGAUGAAAUGUUAUAAAAUUGUAUUUUUGUUUCGUUUUGUUUACUGAAGAAAAAAGAGAAAAACUGUAUACAUCCCUUAAAUAAAAAUUCAUCUUUAUUCAAAAACCAA